ACUCCUUCCACAACAACAACAACAACAACAACAGCAGCAGCUCUCUGCGAUUAUCUGCUGUUUCGCAGCUUUUUGUUCGUCUUCUUUGUCUCUGAGUUAUGGAUUCUUCACGGCAUAACACAGUGGAGAGGCUUGAUCGGCCCAGUGCCUACUAUGUGGGAAAGAACAAGAAGCGCAAGUACACUCAAGAUGAGCCUGAAAAACUAGAAUCUCCGGCCGAUAAUCUGAAGAACGCUACCACGCUCUAUGUGGGCAACCUCUCUUUCUACACCACUGAAGAACAGAUUCACGAGCUUUUCGCAAAAUGCGGAGAAAUUAAGCGCCUCGUGAUGGGACUCGACCGAUACAACAAAACCCCUUGCGGCUUUUGCUUCGUGGAAUAUUAUACACAUCAGGAUGCUUUGGAUUGUUUGAAAUACAUCGGAGGCACCAAGCUCGAUGAGAGAAUCAUUCGAACGGAUUUGGACCCUGGGUUUGAAGAAGGACGGCAGUACGGACGAGGUAAAUCCGGUGGUCAGGUUCGCGACGAGUACCGAGAAGAGUAUGAUCCGGGCCGUGGUGGCUACGGACGAGCAUACGCGGAUGACCAACGGCAACGCGAAGAGGAUGAAUACGGGCCUGGUAGGUAAUAAAUAGUAUGGGAAAUUGCUUUCAUUUAACAGGCGCAGUCAUGGCGUUUAUGUGUAAAUUCUAUUGUGUCUAUCAUUGGCAUUAAACAGCAGCGCCCCAAAAAGAAAAGAAAAAAUAAAUAAAUAAAUAUUU